GACAGGAAGAAACCCGGAAGUGCUGCAGUUAGCUAACAGCAGGAGAAAGGAGAAAGUACAGCAGUAGAUCUGCUUGUUUGUUUUAGCAGAAGCGCUUUUUUCGUUCCGUACUCCUUACAGCAGAAUGCCUGAAAUUCACAGGAUUCGAGCCGUUCGGACCAGCGCUGGUACCGGACUGGAGGGCUUCAAGGCCCAUGCUGUGUUUGAGGAGAUCAACAGGAAGCUGCAGGAGGAAGGGGAGCAGUUUGUGAAGAAAAUCGGAGGAGUUUUCGCCUUCAAAGUGAAAGACGGCCCAAACGGACAGGAAGCCACUUGGAUCGUGGACGUGAAGAACGGCAGCGGCUGCGUUCACAACGACGCAGACAAGAAAGCAGAUUGCACCAUCGCCAUGUCCGACACGGACUUGUUGGCCUUGAUGACCGGGAAAAUGAACCCACAGACUGCAUUUUUCCAGGGCAAGCUGAAGAUCACGGGGAACAUGGGCCUGGCCAUGAAGCUCCAAAACCUGCAGCUGCAGCCGGGCAAAGCCAAGCUGUAAGAGACGCUGCAUCAAGCCCUCACUGAAACGCUCGACUGUGAAGAGUUGAAGGUGUGGAGGAAAGGUGGAGGUCUGGAAGGAGAAACCGUUGUGGACAGACUGAACCACUUUUCCUCUUGGAUGAUCUCACUGACCGAGCUGGGGGUGGUGGUGGGGGUGGAUUAGUCAAAGCUCCCUCCUGUCUAACUGGGGAAUAGGAUAGAUGGACAGAUAAUUAAUUUCCUAAUUGAGUUCCUGUCUGCACUCUGUCUUUUUAGCGCCGGCCUGGAGUUCAGACAGUCACUCUGUACUUUGGUACUAAUUCCGCUUCUGUCCAGACUUUUUAACCUUCACCGAUAAUGACACCUAACUUUGAGUGCACUGUAACUGCAGGUGUUUUUGAGAAGAACUGAUCGAUAAUAUGUUGCACAAUUAUGAAUGCAGCUGUGUUAAGUGCCUCCCUCAGUAUCUCAAAUCAGUGUUUGUAGUUAGCUACCAACGCAGAGCGGGUUUGGACUGUGGCUACCCAACGUUUUCUCUCCCUGCCUUGUCAUUUUCUGGAGUACUGUCUGUACGCUCUGGAUCUUUGUCGGAUUUCUUAGAAAUAAACUUGUCCUUGCUGAACAGUUUA